CUGAAAUAUUUGUCGACGCAUUAAGUGACGGAAGUUUGCCACCGAAGUCUAGGGAAAAAUAUGUUGCAGUUUACGAGAAUUUCACUAUCUGGAAAAACACAGAAGAUAUCAAAACGCUCUCUGAGCACGUAUUUUUGGCAUACUUCGAAGAACUUGCGAAAAAAUAUAAGCCUUCUACGCUAUGGUGUAUCUACUCCAUGUUGAAGGCCACUGUUAAGGCGAGAGAUGACGUUGACAUUAAGAACUACACCAAUUUGGUUGAUUAUUUGAAGAGAUUAUCAAUAGGUUUUACGAAAGCUAAAGUCAAAGUUCUGUCGGCUGAACAUAUUCAACAGUUUCUACGUGAAGCUCCAGACAUCCAUUAUUUAGUGACAAAGGUCGUCCUAAUAUUCAGUAUUGCUGGUGCGUGUAAAAGUCUAGAACUAACUGAAAUUACUACAAAAGACAUUGAAGAUCACGGUGAAAUGUUUCUCGUGAAAAUUACUGAUAAGAAUAACAAAACUGUACGAACGUUUACAAUACAUGGCCAGUUAUACAAAAUAGUAAAAAAAUAUGAAGAACUACGUACGCCCAAGGCUAAACACGACCGAUUCUUUCAAAAUUACCAAAAAGGCAAAUGUACAUGUCAACCCAUUGGUAGAAACAAAUUCGGUUCUAUGGCAGUGGAUAUCGCUACAUACCUUGGACUGCCAGAACCGAGCUCUUACACAGGUCACAGCUUAAGAAGAACUUCCGCCACACUGCUGACAGAUGAUAAAAGAGCCCAAAUAUUGUAUAAUUGUUAAAAAGUAUAUUUUUAUUAUUAAACUACUACAA